CACCCCGCGGAUCAUCGUCAGCGCGACGGCGAUCGCUACCACGACGACGACGGCGACGACGACGAGGAAGGUGAUAACCAGCGAUCUCUUCAGCGAUGCGGAGAUGUGACGCUCAUCGGCGAACCGAUGGCAGAAACAUCCGAGAUGGAAUUGCCUUCGGUCCAUCAGGACUGUCUCGUUGAGGCCCAAGAAGAUUCCACCUCAGUGGAGGCCGAACCGGGCAGCGCGUCGUCAUCGGCAAUGGCGACAACAACGGACGUCAACGAUGAUGCCGAGCGUCAAUCGGUCGAGCCACGCAAGGAGGACUUGGUAAUGGUAGUGUGCGAGAGACUGGACGAAGGACUGGAAGGCGAAGAAGGGCCCGAGGAGAAACAAUCGAGUGAUCUUUCUCGGAAGCCGGAGGAAGAGGAGGAGGAAGAGAGGGAGGAGGAGGUGGACCUGCAGCUGAAAAUGCCGGAGGAGAUCGCCGAGAACGACUCGAUGGAUCUCGAUGGAUCACCGGUGGAUCCGCUCCGAUCGAACGGACUUUCGAGGAUGGACGACACUGAGGACACUACUCACGAUCAGCUCCUCGAGGAUCAGCAGGCGAGGUACGAGGAAUCCGCGUCCUUGAACAGAAAGAGGCCAGCAGGCAACGACUUUCUGCCAAUUGGCGCGGAAAUCAAGAGGAUCGGCGUCGAGAUCUCGGAAGAGGAGGCGACACAGCUGAGAAGUGACGUUAGAAGGCUGUCGCCAGUGCUGGUGAGUCUGCGGGAGAGGACUCUGGGCGAGGUGUCCCUCACCAGCAAGUCUUGUCUUCUCGGUGAUGAAUCGGAGGAUAAGACAAUGGCGAAGGAUAACGGCAUCCCGGAGAAACUGUCCGCAGGAGUCGACAUCGAGCUGCAGGAAGCUGAUCAAGGUUGUAGGAACCUAAAUCUUGAGGAGGAAAAAGAGGAGAAGAAAGAAAACGAGGAAGAAAAGGAAGAAAUCAGAAUCGGCGCGACGACGAAAGAAUGUGAGGACAAUAAUAGCAUCAUCGCAGAGGACCGCACAGACUGCGCGAGCAGCAAGGUGGAUUAUGAUAGCGAGAAGUCUCCCAACCUUGAAGUGGUUCCUCCAGUAACAUCAGAGAGUGACAGGAUAACCGAGUUGAACCCGGAUGACUAUGAGAAUACCAACGCGUUCUGCACUCAGACCAAGAUGAUUGCAAUCGACGCAGCUAGUCCGUCGUCGAGCCCUGUCUGCCGACGUUUAACCGUGGUACUAAACCGCAUCAAGGAGACGGAAGUGAAGAAGGACUUGGCGAACGAGAACUCGGACGAGAACGAGUGGAACGUCGACAUCGACACUGAGGAUUCGCCGCGUUCCAGCAGAAGACGGAACUUGGUGGAGGAAGAGCAGAACUCCAGUGCAGACACAGCAGAAGCGAAGGAGAACCUGAAGAAGCCAAGGUGGCAGAACGAUUCCUCGCCAAUGACCAGAUCGAAAAGCAAGCCCACGCAGGAGAUACGAAGUCCGAGUCUCAAAGAGUGCAAAGUGAUGCUGCAGCGCAUGGGCGACAUCCAGCAAGGCCAGCCAGAGAUCAUUACAGCAACGGAAAGUUCGCGGAGAGGCGAGAGGGAGGAAUCCGCGCCGGUGGCGGUGAUCGGUAAGUUGGAUGUAAAUGAAGAAGUGGUGCUGGCGAGCUCGUCGCCGGCCGGCGACAAUGGCCAGGUGUCGCACGAGCUGGACUCGUCGGAGACGGUGCCAAGUUCGCCGGAAGUGACGCCGGACGCGUCAGUGGACGUCGCUGAGGGCGCCGACACCGAGACGGAAACUGAGACUGGUUCCGACAGUUCAGAGGUGUCGCCAAUCGCAAGUAUCCGGGAUCUGCGCGAUGUCGACAUGGCGGCCGAGCAUCAGCUUCCCUGUACAGAAGGGGAGCCGUUAUGCUGCGUGGAGGCAAUGGCGCCGAUCAUGACGAGGUUGGAGACCGAGCGACCGGAAGCUUAUACGGAGGACUCAGCCGAGAGCCUGGCACUGGCAACCGGUACCAGGGACGAGGUCAGGUCCGAUGGCAGCGACUCUGGGCUAGGGAAUGAGAUUCCAGGUGAUCCUGGACCGGCGCCGGCUCCUGAAAGUGACUCCGAGACUUCCUUCCUUGACCGACUGCCGGAUGAUAUCUUGUCAGACAAAGAAAAAAGCGUGAACCAACUGGACGGCUUCGCGUCGUCGUCGGGUGCACCCGGGACGUCGGGUCAGCCACCCCUGUCAAGCUUCCGAACACUACCGGCGAAGAGCAACCUGAAGCGCAGACUGACCGACUGCAUGGAAGGUGACGAAUCGCGGAGUACUGUUGACGAGCCUGUGAAGAAGAAACGCAAUAUCCAGUUUGAUGCCGUGACGGUCUACUACUUCCCCAGGGCGCAGGGGUUCACCUGCGUACCCUCCCAAGGUGGUAGUACUCUGGGUAUGAGUGCGACGCACACACACGCCGAGAGAUUCUCGUUGUCGGAGCACGCGACCGAGCAGAGGCGGAUCCAUCGCGCGCGACUAGCGCAGCUGCGGUCGGAGCGCAGCUGCGCCACCAACUGCGUGACCGAGACGGCGUCGAGUUCCGAGGACCCGAGCGACGACACCGACGAGGAGCCGAGCGACAACGAGGAACUCGACAUCGACAGUUACUAUUUCCUGCAGCCGGUGCCUACGUGGCAACGUCGAGCAUUGCUGAGAGCCGCGGGUGUGCGGAGAAUAGACGCUGUUGAGAAAGACGAAUGCCGCGACAUUCGUGCGAGUCGGGAACAUUGUGGAUGCGGUUGCAAGGGAUACUGUGACCCGGAAAGUUGUCCAUGUAGCAGGGCCAAUGUCAAGUGCCAGGUGGACCGACCAGGUUUCCCUUGCGGCUGCACGCGAGAUGGUUGCGCUAACAGCUCAGGCAGGAUCGAAUUCAACCCGGUGCGGGUCCGGACGCAUUUCAUUCACACAUUGAUGCGGCUAGAGCUGGAGAAGAAGCAGCAAGAGGAGGAAAGUGUCGGCGAGCACGACCAAAUGGCAGACAAUCAUCAAGCGCAUAGCAGAGGCGGUCCGUUAAGAGACAUUGGCGGACUGGCCGGUGUGAUGAAUACCGUAGGUAGCGACGCGUGCGUGAUUCCUGGUGUAGGGCCCGGCGGGGGUGGCGGCGGGUUCACGACUCUGCACUAUGAGACGAAUCACGAUGUCGUGGGGCCCAGCGUGGUGACAGCCGGCUGCCAACAAGAAGUGCCCGGUACCAGGGAGGACAGUCUAGAUCUGUAUGCCAUUAGGGACGAUUGUUACGCGAGCGAGGAUGCGGUAGAUGGCCAGUCGGGCGUGGUGCAGCGCAAGCUGCACCCAGAGUUUAGUCAGGCCUUCCAGAGCUUCUCGGCCGGCGCGCAACCUGCUCCCGCAGGGAGCGGUGGUGGACCGGGUGGUGGGGGCGGUGGAGGCGGCGGUAUGAGCUUCCAGCAAUCGUAUCAGGAUUAUGGGUCGCCAUACGUCACGGGUCUACAAUCCGCGUCGCGAAUUCCACAGUUCCAACCGGCACCGCAGUUCCAAUCGCCGCCGAAUCCGGCCGCGUUUACACAUUACGGCCCGUAUGGUACUGCAGGUCAGGAUGUCAGGGCAGUCGGCCUUCCGGCCAGUUGCGCACAGGUGCACCAAGUGUCGGCUCAGCAGCAACAGCAACAACCACCGCCACCGCCGCCGCCGCAGCAACAACAGCACCAACAACACUCGUACGACGCGGCGGUGUUUGCACAAGAGGAAGCUGCGAGUAACGCGCAGUACACGAAUCUGACCAGCUCGGUGCAACCGAUGAACGUAGUACAGCAGAUGCAGCAGGGCAAGCUAGAGCCAUUCUCGGAGCUGCUGAGUGGCAGGUACUCGUACUACGGCGAGAUGCACGAACCACAGCAGCAUCACGGUACUUAUGGGGGACACACAGGUCAUGGGUCUGCCGGCAAAGUCGCAGAGAUGGUCGAGCCGGGCCAAGUAGCUGUUGAGCAGCAGCUACCCCCCGAGGGCACGACCGAUGACUGCGACGAGAACUUUGGCGAGAUCAUUAAGAAGUCUAUGGUAGAGACCGUGUCUGCCUAGGCGACGGGAUCUGCUCACACAUGCAACGCAUCGCUUGAGAGGACCAGAGCCCUUCGCCGCAGCAGCCGAUUGUCUUCGCGAUAUACUCGGAGAGGAGAAAUUUCCCCAUUGGAGCCAGAAAAUUCACUUCCUUCGGGCUCUUCGCCCAGGACCGUCCAAAUAACGGGGGCCACCAAAAAGAAGAACUGUGUGGAGGAGUCUCUGAGUGAUCCGAAGAUCUGAAGGGGCUCCAAAGCUUCUUUUUCGAGGUCCGAAAGAGCGAAGUUCUUCGGAUCGUGUUCCAAGUUUACGAUCGUCUCUCAAAUGGAGACUUUGAGGACGAAAUCCAGAAGGCUUCCGGGGAUUGUCGACGGUUCGCCUCCCUCGCACGAUAGAUAAAUAAGGGUGAUGCCCUCCGAGGGAGAGAAAAGGUCUCCUGGGGCGAGAGCAUCAGGUUUUUGACGAGUGAUCUCGUUGCUUAGAGAAUUUUACGACGUGUGCGUCCGCCCGGGAUGGACAGAUUCGUGACGUCAUCGUCGAUCCGUGGGACCAGUCUGCACUCCCCUGGCUGAGCUCCGUUCGAUUUCGCGGUGCAAUUAAGCACCGUGGAAUUUAAGCGACUCAUCCGGUUAUACAGGUCGGCGACGACGUGGUCAAGCGAGACGGGAACCUGGACCUUUAUCCGGGUCCAAGCCACCGGUCCCUGUCGGGAAUCUUCAAGAGCGAUCCGUGAGCGAUGAUGGCAAGAGAUUUCAAGAGGUUGUGACCAAGAAAUAAUAUGGGAUCAGCUUAGAUUGCAGUUUAUAAUACCUAACUUUAUUACCUUAAAUGUAGGGCCGAUCGACCGGAAGCGGGUCGCGUGUGUUUUUAAGCGAAUCCGGGUCCCACCCGGCGGUAACGAUAUAUCGAACUAGAGCGACUUCUGCUUGCGCGCUCGGAUUUGAACAGGCCGUUGUUCAGUCUGGAAUGCAAUCGGGACUCGAUCGAUCUCUAGAUCAUUUAUUCGAUGCGUCGUGAAUUAUUUAUUCUGUACUUUGUAUGCGCGUGCGAAUAUGAAAAUUUAUAAUAUGUAAUUUAUGCUUCUAUAUAUUUUUAUAUUGGAAUCUAUGUAGAAAUUAAAAUUAAUUUUCUCGAUAUUUUAUAACAGUAUUUAUUGGAUAACACUUUUAUCAGAUUAGACUUAUUCCCGAUUUUACGGCUGAGAUUUUUCAGCGUCGGUAUACGCUGAAUGUUGCGCAGCUUCCGAGGUUUGGCAUUCCAGACUGAAAGUUCGGGAUCUCUCGCAUCUUCCGAGCUCGUGCAUCGCACUUUGGAGCAAUAUUCUCCAGAUAUAGGGCGAACGGAAGGACAGCUAAUCGCUGCCAGAGAGAAAUAGAGAAAAAGAGAAGGAAUGAUAAAACGAGAAAAAGCACACGCAUACACAUGACACAUUCGUAGACGAGCGUGAAGCGAUUGUGAUACUUGUGCAUACGAGGAGAACAAAAAAAUGCGGAAAUUAAAAAGAAUAAAAGAAAAAACGGUGCAAUCCGCCGCCAGGUUCGCGUAGAUAGAUUUAAGAGACAAAUUAUAUGGGACUUUUUUUUACGCCGGUCAGUGUAGGUAGCUGCGAAUGCUGUUUCAGCGAUGAUCGACGACGCGCGGAUCUCGAGUUCUCCCUUCCCGCGAGUUCCGAGCGCGAAUUUCAGCACGUUCAGAAAUCAAGAAAACACCUCGAACAUAUCGAGCGCCCAGAAAAUCCCUUUUCGCGCGGGCAAACGUCCCUUGUAUUUAUCGCCCCUAUUCAUACGAAAUGAAAAUUAUAUACGUGGAACUCUGUAUAAAGAAGAAUUGAAAAUUAUAUGUAAUAUGCAUAUAUAUGUGUAUAUAUAUAUAUAUAUAUAUAUAUAUGUGUACAUACAUAUAAAAAUGUAUAUAAUUGUUAUAUCUUUAUUUUUGUAAAUAAUGCUAUUGUUUCGAUAUUAAUUAUAGUAAUUCUUCGCAAAGAAUUAUUAUAAUUUGUUUGUUCUGGAAAUAUGAUCGAUAAUGAGCGUGUUAUAAUAUUGCGUUUUUAAACUGUUUGAUCUAUUAUUAUAAUUACGUAUAUUAUAAUUAUGUCUCCACGAUUUGCGGUGCUCGAUAUACUCGAUGUCUUCCCCUCUUUGCUCGAUCGUCGAACGCGCUUCUGUCGAUUGUAAUCGAGUUUGAUUUACACGACAUUACGCGAGCAGGAUUCGACGAAGCGGAAGAGGAAGCUGCCGGAAGAAGAAGCGAAGAAAUUCGCGCUUGGAGCGACGAGCGCGGUCCUCCGCGCCAGAAGGCGAAGGAGGCGAGAAGGCAACGUCGCAUACCGACUACUAAAAUCUUUUACACGCCCGUCAUUCCCAAACAACCAAUCAAUCAUCAAUCCCGUAGAAGGAACACAUUUUGAAGGAGAGAAAGAGAGAAAGAAAGAGAACGGACCUCUCUUUAGCGCAUCCCGGGACGUUGAUCGCUGUGUCUACGAUUAAUCGAAGUACUAUGCAUAAGCGAACGUAAACGAUAUACACGACGAUAGUAUUAAAUUUAUACACGUACGUAUACACGCAUAGUCACACGAAAUGGAACACAUACAUACAUAAAUACAUCCCCAUAAACACGUACACUCGAAGCCGGACGUGUCAGCUCCCGCGAGGCACCCCGAUUUCGUCUUUCCUUUUUUGUUAGUUUUCCUUUUCUUUUCGCUUCCUGAUCGCGCAGUCGUACCUCACUGUGUUCAUCGUCGACGAUUGGUGCCUAAUAUAAUGAACAAGAGGUAAAAAUCGCUGAUUGAUAGAGAAAGUGAGAGAAAGAGAGAAAGGACAGAGUGCUUCGGAGAACGCACAGGGUGCGUUCGUACAUAAGAGGGAUGUGACACGUCCAUGGCGCGCGGCAUUGAAAAAAAAGAAUAACAUAUAUAUAAAUAUAUAUAUAUAAAUAUAUAUAUAAAUAUAUAUAUACAUAUAAAGAUAUAUAUAUUUAUAUAUGUAUAAAAUUAUACACAUAUGUAAGUAACUUUUAGAGUAUUUGAGUAAAAAAGAGGCAUACAUAGUUGAUAGCGUUUUAUUAAAUGUUGUGAAAAACGUCUCUCUCGUCUGUCUGUCAUCUAAAAUGUCUGUCGUCUUUCAAGUCUCUCGUCUUCGUGUUCCUAGCGCGCAUUCAGCGUCGAAGGAGGCUGUUCCAUUUCCGUUAACUUUGUCUUCAGGAAGAAACUAGAAGACUCCGGGACUCGCGAAUUGAUGACGAUGUGGGUUAAAUCUGGAACCGAACAGCCAUAUUCAACGCUAAAAGCGCGCCAAGAACGCUUGUGUGUCUCAUCAUGUCUUCUUUUAUUGAUGCAGAAACCUAAUGUCUCAAGGAAACAUCUUCCCGUCCUUCCGUCCCAACCAUUCCAUCUGUUCAAUUUUAGCGCAUCUAUGAUAAUUCAUACUUGAUGAUUCUACUUUCAUUGUUUAUCAUUUUCAAGCGACGCGCUUGAAUGUAUAUGAAAAGCCAUUUAUAUAAAAGAUAAGAUAAGAUUUAUAUAAAAGAUAAAAAACGCGGAUUUAACAAAAUAUGAGUCGCAUCGAAACAAAAAUAGAGAACAGUUUCGAUAGUACGGAAGUAGUAACUUUCGAAACGUCCAGCAAUUUUUGCAUUGUGUUCGAGCUGUGGUUUUCUUCACGGAGCGGGACCAAAAAUGGAGAAGGCUGUCUUAGCAGUCGCUCUAUUCUCUUCGCAACAAAAAUGGCAAAGUGAUAUCCUAAACAUGGCGCGUGAAGUCGUUCGCUCCGUGAUCGUCGGACAUGGAGCGCAAAUGUGGAACCUUGAACAAAAGUGACGUGUACCGGAUCAUUGAGGUGGUAAGAUUCUGCUGCUAUUUGCAAAAUUACAGCAAUAAGGAAGAAAUAACAAUAAGUCUUUUUAUAUAACUAAUUCAUCAGAUUGCUUUCGCAUAAGUAAAUUUUAAUAAUUAAAGACAUCUAAACAACCCAAAGACGCGGUUUAAAUAUUCAUCAGUCGGAAUUCUAAAAUUUUUCGAUUACUUCCUUACUUUUCGCGUACUUUUCCCUAAAAAUCCUCGAAACUGACACGAAACAUUUAAAAUUCACCAAAGUCGGGCUCGGCGGCGCGUCGGUCCGCUCCUGGGGUAACACUCCUCUCGGCGGCCGGAGGAGACCACCUCCGUUACAACAAAUGGCGGUACCAUCGUAAAUACCUUUCCUCCCCACUUCGACGUGGUGAAAAAAAGAGGAAAAAGAAAAGAAGUGGAAAAGAGAGCAAGGGAACUCGUCACGUCUCCGCGGUGCGAGACGCGGUACAACAGUGCACACAGUCGUAGGUCGAGUUCCGAAUCGCGAGGGGAGCAGCUUGGCUCGCGGGGCCGACGAGAGUUUUCCCGGCGCGUUGCGGCUCGUGCGAGCGCGCGCGCGUCCCGGUCCCUCUCUUCACCCGCCCCCCCGCCGGGUUUUCCUUUCGCGAGCAGAAGCGGGGACCCGUGUAGGUCCCCUCCUGGUCGCCCCGGCGUAUCCGUCCGCGUUCUCCGAGAGCGCACCAGCGGGGAACGGCACUCACUCGCUCGCUCGCUCGCCCGAGAGAGAGAAGCGCGACGCUCGUCCGUCCUCGCGAGCGGACCGCCUCGUUUCAGCGAGACCGCGAAGGUGUCGGAGUGAAGUCCGUAAGAUUAUUUGGGAUAGUGUGAAGUGAGUGCAGUUCGAGGGGAAGUUCUGGUGCAGAAAAGAAAGAGAGAGAAAGAGAAAAGAAAACCGAAAGGGAGGGAAAGAGAGACAGAGAGAGAGAGAGAGAAGAGCGACGACGUGCUGGAAGGUGUCGUUGACGUUUCUUGUGUCAGUGUCCGCUCUCGCACUCUCCAUCUCUCUCACUCGCCCCGGUCUUCGCUGAGAGUUCCCGAGUGCGAGUGCGCGCAAAGGGAGCGCCCUGAGGGCGACCUCGAGGAUACUCCGAGACACGGGUAGACGGACGAACCCUUCCACGCGAUGCCGAACGGUAGGUCAGACCGGAAGCGGCUGCUGCGAGUAGGAUCCCUCGGGAACCGUCCCGUGCGGGAGGCAGGACUCGGCGCAGAAUGAUGAGCGUCGUUGGCUCGUGUUGUUGCUGCUGUUGCCGGAAGCGAAUCCCCGAAGAAGAGGAGCGACAAACCCGGCGAGGAAGACGAAGACGCCGACGACGACGACGAAGAGCGAGUCCGGAUACCUCUAGCGCCAGUGGGGGGCUAUGAGCGCUGACAAUGGGGACGAAUCCUUGGUAAUUAUCAUACCUUUCUCUUUUUUAUCGCCCUCUCUGUCCCGCUCGCGCGCCCGCGCGUGGUCUCUGUCCUCCUCCGAGGCCCGCGAACUCUACGCGGCUCCGCGCCGCUCUCGUGGACGACUUUUCCGUUUACUCUGUAUUUUAUUGUUACGUUAAGUUGCACGUAUGCUAAGUCACGCGUUGGCGUUACGUUCAGUUGUACGUUACGCUUCUGCGAUGUGCCAGUUGUAAGAUUUAUCUGAGAAGAAUCCAACAGCGUGUUUGUCUUCUUCUCACCUCGUUGUUCUUCCGUUUCUUACGUCAUUACGCUCCAUCGUCAUCUGUUUCCAGUGUAAUUAGUUUGUAAGCGUUACUGCGUUCCGUUUUUAAGCGUUAUCGUGUACUGUUAUGGUGUAACCCGGAUUCUGGAAUGUGGAAAUAUAUUUUAAUAC